CCCCGAGAUUCUCCGCGCUUGCCUCCCGCCCUCUCCUUCCAGACCCUCGGUCUGUCCGCUGGGGGCGCGCGCAGUGUGCGGCAGGCGGCAGCGGCGCUGGCGGCCGAGUGCGCGGGUCACGCGUGGCGGUGCGUGGUUGCUAGGGGCGCCUGAGGCUGCCGGGUAGCCCAGCAGGCCUAGGGAGGAAGUAGCGUGGAGCCGGUGCCGAGCCGGGGCGAAGCUGGAUCCCCUAGACUGACGGACUUCAAGGAUGCAGCUGCUACUACCGGAGGUGUGUGGCACCUUACCUGAGCAAGGCCAUGAGACCGUGUGGCCAUGAUGUGGGCCCCUCAUGGCCUCAGCAGGAACACAGCACUAUAGUAUUGGCCUCCGCCAGAAAAACAGCUUCAAGCAGAGUGGUCCCUCGGGCACAGUGCCUGCCACACCACCUGAGAAACCCUCGGAGGGCAGAGUCUGGCCUCAGGCCCAUCAGCAAGUGAAGCCAAUCUGGAAGCUGGAAAAGAAGCAAGUGGAGACACUGUCAGCAGGGUUGGGCCCAGGCCUCUUGGGCGUCCCACCACCACCAGCAUAUUUCUUUUGCCCCAGCACUUUAUGUAGCUCUGGGACCACGGCUGUCAUUGCAGGCCACAGCAGUUCCUGUUACCUACAGUCUUUCCCGGACUUGUUCAACAGCACCCUGCUAUACCGCCGCUCCAGCUAUAGGCACAAACCGUACCAGCAACUGGAGUCCUUCUGCUUGCGUUCGAGCCCAUCAGAAAAAAGCCCUUUUUCUCUCCCUCAAAAGAGCCUCCCUGUCAGUCUCACUGCCAACAAGGCCACUUCUUCCAUGGUCUUCCCCAUGGCCCAGCCCAUGGCCUCCUCAUCCACAGAACCAUACCUCUGCUUGGCAGUGGCUGGGGAAAACCCUUCAGGGAAGAGCCUGGCCUCUGCCAUCUCAGGGAAGAUCCCAUCUCCACUCUCUUCCUCCUGUAAGCCCAUGCUGAAUAAUAAUUCCUUCAUGCGGCCAAAUAGCACACACGUGCCUUUAUUGCAGACCACAGAGGGCCUGAAGCCAGUAUCGCCACCCAAGAUCCAGCCUGUCUCCUGGCAUCAUUCAGGGGGUACUGGAGACUGUGUACCACAGCCUGUUGACCAUAAGGUGCCCAAAAGCAUUGGCACUGUCCUAGCUGAUGCCGGUGCCCAUAUCGCCUUGUCUACCGCUAGCUCCCAUGACACAUCCACCACCAGUGUUGCCUCUUCCUGGUAUAACCGGAAUAACUUAGCCAUGAGGGCAGAGCCACUUUCCUGUGCUCUGGAUGACAAUUCUGAUUCCCAGGAUCCAGCUAAGGAGAUGCGGUUCACUGAGGCCGUGAGGAAAUUGACCGCAAGAAGCUUUGAGAAGAUGCCGAGGCAAGGCUGCCAGUUUGAACAGUCUAGUUUCCUGAAUCCCAGCUUCCAGUGGAAUGUCCUCAACAGGAGCAGGAGGUGGAAACCUCCUGCGGUAAAUCAGCAGUUUCCUCAGGAGGAUGCUGGAUCGGUCGGUCGGGUCCUCCCUGGUGCCUCAGAUACCUUGGGGUUGGACAAUACAGUCUUCUGUACCAAACGUAUCAGCAUUCACCUCCUUGCCUCACAUGCCAGUGGGCUCAAUCACAGCCCUACCUGUGAAUCUGUAAUUGACUCCCCAGCAUUUGGAGAAGGCAAAGCUCCAGGUCCCCCUUCUCCUCAAACUCUUGGCAUAGCCAGCGUGGCCACCCGCCUCUCUUCCAUCCAGCUGGGCCAGUCUGAGAAGGAGAGACCUGAGGAGGCCAGGGAGCUGGACUCAUCUGAUAGGGAUAUUAGUUCAGCUACUGACCUCCAGCCAGAUCAGGCUGAGACUGAAGAUACAGAAGAAGAACUAGUAGAUGGUUUGGAAGACUGUUGUAGCCGUGAUGAGAAUGAAGAGGAGGAGGGAGACUCAGAGUGCUCCUCAUUAAGUGUUGUCUCCCCCAGCGAAUCGGUGGCCAUGAUCUCUAGAAGCUGUGUGGAAAUUCUGACCAAACCCCUUUCCAAUCAUGAGAAAGUUGUCCGACCAGCCCUCAUCUACAGUCUCUUUCCCAACGUUCCCCCUACCAUCUAUUUUGGCACUCGGGAUGAGAGAGUGGAGAAACUUCCCUGGGAGCAGAGGAAGUUGCUCCGGUGGAAGAUGAGCACAGUGACCCCCAACAUUGUGAAGCAGACCAUUGGACGGUCCCACUUCAAAAUCAGCAAAAGAAACGAUGACUGGCUGGGCUGCUGGGGUCACCACAUGAAGUCUCCUAGUUUCCGAUCCAUUCGAGAGCAUCAGAAGCUAAACCAUUUCCCAGGCUCAUUCCAGAUUGGGAGGAAGGACCGGCUGUGGCGGAACCUAUCACGCAUGCAGAGCCGCUUUGGCAAGAAGGAGUUCAGUUUCUUCCCCCAGUCCUUUAUCCUGCCCCAGGAUGCCAAGCUCCUGCGCAAAGCGUGGGAGAGCAGCAGCCGCCAGAAGUGGAUUGUGAAGCCACCAGCAUCAGCUCGAGGCAUUGGCAUCCAGGUUAUUCACAAGUGGAGUCAGCUCCCCAAGCGAAGGCCCCUCCUGGUACAGAGGUAUCUACACAAACCCUACCUCAUCAGCGGCAGCAAGUUUGACCUGCGGAUCUAUGUUUACGUCACUUCCUACGAUCCUCUGCGGAUUUACCUCUUUUCAGAUGGACUGGUCCGCUUUGCCAGUUGCAAGUAUUCUCCUUCCAUGAAGAGCCUUGGCAAUAAGUUCAUGCACCUGACCAACUACAGUGUCAAUAAAAAGAAUGCCGAGUACCAGGCCAAUGCAGAUGAAAUGGCUUGCCAGGGCCACAAAUGGGCACUGAAGGCUUUGUGGAACUACCUGAGUCAGAAGGGAGUCAAUAGCGAUGCCAUCUGGGAGAAGAUAAAGGAUGUUGUUGUCAAAACCAUCAUCUCGUCAGAGCCCUAUGUGACCAGCCUGCUCAAGAUGUAUGUGCGGCGGCCCUAUAGCUGCCAUGAACUCUUUGGUUUUGACAUCAUGCUAGACGAAAACCUCAAGCCCUGGGUCCUGGAAGUCAACAUUUCACCAAGCCUCCACUCCAAUUCUCCACUGGAUAUCAGCAUCAAAGGCCAGAUGAUUCGUGACCUUCUGAAUCUGGCAGGUUUUGUCCUGCCCAAUGCAGAGGAUAUCAUUUCCAGCCCCAGCAGCUGCAGCAGCUCCACCACCAGCCUGCCCACCUCCCCCGGGGACAAAUGUCGAAUGGCUCCAGAGCAUGUCACUGCACAGAAGAUGAAGAAAGCCUAUUAUCUGACCCAGAAAAUUCCUGAUCAGGACUUCUAUGCAUCUGUGCUGGAUGUCCUGACACCAGAUGAUGUUCGGAUUCUGGUUGAGAUGGAAGAUGAGUUUUCUCGCCGUGGUCAGUUUGAACGAAUUUUUCCUUCUCAUAUCUCCUCUCGCUAUCUCCGCUUUUUUGAGCAGCCACGAUAUUUCAACAUUCUCACCACCCAAUGGGAACAGAAAUACCAUGGCAACAAGCUUAAAGGAGUAGAUCUGCUACGGAGUUGGUGCUACAAAGGGUUCCACAUGGGAGUUGUCUCUGAUUCUGCUCCAGUGUGGUCUCUCCCGACAUCACUUCUGACUAUCUCAAAGGAUGACGUGAUACUCAAUGCCUUCUGCAAAUCAGAGACUAGCAAGCUGGGAAACCCAGUUCCUCAAAGGACAGUGAGGACACCAGCAAAGAGCCCAGCCUUUCUACCCAGAUGUUACCUGUAAUCAAGUAUUCUGGGCGGACUUCAAGACUUUCUACUUCCUCCACUUUCCAGUCAACCAGUGACUCCCUCCUGGCUGUGAGCCCAUAACUGGCGUCUCUCCAAAAGCCUCUGCCCAGGAGCAUGGGCAUCAGCUACCUCACAGGAACCAGCCUGCUGUGUGGACCAGUUUGAGCCCCUACCCCUUUCACCCUGUCCCUCCUCAGAGUAUUUUUUGAAGUGGUUGCAUUAUAGAGAUAGGUAUUUGUAGGGCCGGAGGGAUGGUAGUGAUGGGGAGAAGGUGAGGAAGGGUCACCCUCUGUCACCUGUCUGCCUGGCUGGCACCUCAUAUCUCAGCAGAGAAGCCAGUGGUGGCCACGCAGCCUUAUAAAGCAGGUUUUGGUUUCUACCUUAAUUGAGCCAUGUGUGGUUUGUUUGGGGCCCUGGUGCGGUUGCUGAGUUGUAGCUCGAGGAGAAAACAUACAGAACAUAUUUGGACCAGAAAUCCUUUGUUCUGAAUUUGAGGGGGUCUUCUGAGGUCCUUAUUUCCUUAGAUCUUUCCUCACCCCUCUCCCACCCCCUGUCCUGAAGAGAAACCUUUGAACUUCCUCAGUAGACAGGCGGAGAGGCCACAACAUGCCGAACCCAUUUCCUGUCAUCCCAGUCUUGGGUCUUCACCGCCUCCUUCCAAAUACCCACCCUGCCAGCAGCCCUAGGUCUUCCUGUUCUGACCCCCCAUCACUGCUCGUUCAGCCUUCUAGACGUCUCUCUCGUGGACAUCUUUUCUUUAGCUGUUGGCUUUCUGUGAGAUGUGAGAGGGUCUAUGAACUUUGUGAAUUUCCCAUGGCCCCAAUGAAGGAGCCCAGAUAUUCCCAGUAGCUGUUACCUGUCUCCAUGUAUCAAAGGACACAGUCCAGGGGGAGGGUGGAAGGGGAUGUGGUUUCUCUACAAUGCAACAAACAUGGUUUCUGAAUGUUCUGCCCUGCAGCAAGCAGGGUCUGGCAGCUUGGCAGGUAGGUUUCAGGAGCAACCACUAUUGUAGGAUGGGCUUCCAAUCAAACCUCAGACUAAACUCUUGUACUCAACUGAUUCUACCUCCCUCCUCUAGACUCAGUAAACAGUGACUAUUCA